AUUUGUGAAUAACUGCUGGGUUGACUCAUCACCAUGCCUUUGAGGAAAGAGACAACCGUUCACCACCAGAGGGACUUAAAGCUUAAGGAAAAAGUCAAAAAGGCAAAGGAGCACCGCAAACAACGUAAACUGCGUAAAGAGAGUGGGGCGCCAGUGGGAAUCCCCCAGACCCUUGAAACACUGCGUACCUAUGAUGAAACAACAAUAGUGGAAACAGAUCCAGACCUGAUUGCAGAAGAGCAAGUUGUAAGUUUCAACACCGCCAAUUUUCCUUACCAUUCUUUGCAGGAUGAGGUUGCAGAUAUCUUUCGGAACGAGCGUACCCCAAAGUUGCUGCUCACUUUCUCUGAUCGCGUCUGCCCACGCACAAUUGGGUUUUGUAAAGAACUUACGAAAAUAAUUCCAAACAUGCGCAUAGCACCUAGAUGGCACUUGCCCUUGAAAAAAAUCAUCCCCAAGGCAAUCGAGCAUGGCUUCACAGCUCUGUUAGUUGUGAAUGAAGACCAGAAGAAGGUGAACACCCUCGUCGUCUCUCACCUACCCGAAGGUCCGACUGUAACAUUCCGAUUGUCGAAUGUUCGCCUACGUCGAGAGAUGCGUGGAAGACGCCGACCAAAGGACAUCGAACCGGACGUUGUGCCCCAUCUUAUAACGAGUCGGUUCACUACACGUCUUGGUCGCCGUACAGAACGUCUGAUAGCUGCUCUAUUCCCAGAUCGUAGUCGUUCCACACCGGAAGGUCACAGUCGUACGAUUGUCUUCCAUAAUCAACGUGACUUCAUUUUCUUUCGACAUUUCCGUUACCAGCAGCGAACUUCCCAUGCAAACGAGAAAAACAAAGAACCAGGCAAGUCCUACGUGGCCAUGAACGAAGUUGGCCCGCGCUUCACUUUAAAGUUGCGCUCCAUCCAGCAAGGCACAUUUGACAGUCAGUUCGGUGACUACGAGUGGGUCAGAAAACGUAGCGAAGUUGGUCGUAACCGCAGAACUUUUGUCAUGUAGUAGUUGUAUCGUUGGCCUUCAUCCUUGUAUAUACGUUGUACUGCCCCCGAU